UGAAUUCCCAAAUCCAAUUGGAAAUUUAGUAUACAAAUUAUUAAGUUCGACAGUAGACAUAACAUAAAAAAUGUGCAUUGGAAUUAUAAUUAUAUUUUAAACACAUUCGGUUCAGAAAAUGUCCAAACAUUGGUGACAUUUGCCACGUCAAGUUCGUGCAGCAAAAAUACAAGUGAAAGGAGAAAGCAUAAAAACGGAUACAAAAUGUAUUUAGCUUUCAAUAUUCAGGCGAAAACUAUAUUAUUUAUGUGGAAGCCCCAACGCCGUUAAUUGCACUCCAUUCAUCCAUCACCCGCCUAACAAAUCUAUAAGCUACUCGAAACCAUGGAUAAAGUUGUUAAAUUCUGUGAACCUGGCCGUGCCUUCGCCAAGGACUCCAUCCGUUUGGUUAAACGUUGCACGAAACCUGACCGCAAGGAGUUCCAGAAAAUCGCCAUUGCUACAGCUAUUGGAUUCUGUAUUAUGGGCUUCAUAGGUUUCUUUGUGAAACUUAUCCACAUUCCCAUCAACAAUAUCAUUGUGGGCUCAUAAUAUGUCCAGCGGCUGCAUCAGCUAUAAUUAUUCAUACAUACAUGAAUUCAUACUUACCUAACGAUAGAUACUUUACAAUACCCUCAAUAUUUGUUUGUAUAAAAACAGCAUUGGGUUUAAUUUUUGUAUUCAUUUAGAAAUAAGAUAUUAAAUAUUUGCAUGUAGAGAGAUUAUAAACGAUUCAUAUCUUGUAUUUCUACCCUGAUCACAACAGAAUUUGUAAUUUCAAACUUGCGGCUUAUCCCGAUAGGUUGGAUCUACGUAGGAUUUUUGUUUAAUAAAAAAUGGACAAAAUCAAUUAAAUUUUUGUUUUUAAAAAUGGACAAAAUCAA